UCUUGCUUCGUGAUGCAUUUGGCAGAGAGCACCCUCUCGCGUAGGGUUAGCAAGAGAAGAGUAGAGUUCGAGCUCCAUAGCACGUGACCAGAGGUUGUUCUGCAAGGAGAAGAAGCUGACCAAAGCUGACCGGAGCUGACCGAAGAGAAGAUGAUCGGAGGGCUCGUGAUGAAGGCGAAAAUAGACCGUCCGAUGGGAAGCAAAGCGUCAAAGCGUUCAGAGCUUUGAUGUGAAGGAGAACGAAAAACCAAGAACGCAUCCAGCCACAGCACCGCCCACUGACAAAGUGGUCAGCACCACAAAUCAGCCACUAACGAAAACCCCACCGGCAGCACCACCACCAUACACCACCGACACCUCAGCAAUACCGGUCCACCAAGAACGCGCCCAACACCACCAACAAAUACCCAUUAUCAUAGUGCUUAAACCCUACCAACAGGGUUUAGGGUUUAAGCACUUUGAUGGCCUCUAAUUAAAGAAAUCAGUUGUGAAUCACACAUUGAAGAGCAGUUGACUAUUUUUUCGAGCAAAGCUUGUGUUGGGAUAAUGCAAAGUGUCUCUAGUUUGUUAUCAAUGGAAAGUGAUUUGUCAGACGCAGAACCUGGGACCAUUAAUGACGGUUCCACGGCGAAGAAAUCAAAGCAACGUAAGAGGAAGAGUUUCAUGGUGGACGAGGAAGGGCAAAUGGGUUCGCGAGAGAAGCUAGCAAAAAAAAUCUUGUUGUCUCUUACUAGGCCUUCCUACGUCUUGGGAUUGGGUCCCAAACCUCUGAGGAAGGAACACCGUACGAGGUUGCGCUACCUGCUGCGCAGACUCGUCAACCAGCAUCACUGGGUCGAAGCCAGUGGUGUUCUCAGUGCCUAUAUAAAGGGCACACUUAAUGAGACCUCGCCCUUCAGAAAUCGUCUUAAAUUUUGGGUUUUAAUGGAGCUUCUUAAUCGUGUGAAAAAUAAUUCUAUUAAUCCCACAAGAAUCAAGAAUCUCUAUGAUAUUUGGUCGAAAAAAAUUGGAUCAAUGAAGACUUGGCCUUUACAGAGCAGAUACGCAGUCCACUUUGAGUUCAUUUUUUUCUGUCUUAUGCAAGGCAAUGCAGGGGAUGCAUACCAGCUUGCUUUAUGUAUUGAACAAAACAAAGUUGAUAUUGAUCCUGUGUUGAAGAUGAUGAUGGGUUUGACAUUCUAUGAGCUUUGGUAUUCUUCUAUCCCCAAAGAAUUCCAGUGGAGAAACACAGACCACUUUGACAUGCAAGAGAACUCACAUAUGGAGAACUCAUUUACCAAUAAAACUGGACAGUCAGAGCGGUAUAAUUCAGUUGAAUCCCACAUGGCUGAGUCCCAUUGUCAACGUGAUUCAGAUGCCUCUAUCAUGAAUGAUAAGCAUAUAUCUAGGGAUGUUGUAUUCAGUGAAGACAUAGAGGUUGGUACUAAUAAAAGAGAAAAAACACAUCAGAACUUUCAGCCAGAAGGUUUUUACUUAAAUUCUGAAGAGCAAAACGGAUUUGGAGACCCUUUUUCUAACAGUGGAGGGCUUACACAAGAUAUCUUAGACGGCCUUGGGGGACUUGAUUUGUGGUUGCUGCCCUUGCAUUUUUCUGAUGAGAGCAAUUUGGAGGAGUUCAUGUAUUUGCAAAUAGAUCAGCCUAAUGACUAUUACAAAAAUUCAGUGAAAUAUUUGCAACUAGCUCUCAACUCAGAACCUUCUGCUUCGGCAACAUUACUUCCAUUGGUACAGGUAUAGAUCAUACAUUUCAAGUAACUUUGAUGUAGCCCCUAAACAUCAUUUUGUAUUUCGUUCAUGUUUGUUAAACUGAAAAUCAGGUUCAUAACUUUUGAAGCAAUAAUUUAUUACAUUACCUCCUGUACUUGCUCAAAAGUACUUUGUCUUAAG